GUUCAAAGACGGCACGAAACUCCGUUCCCUUCAGUGGCAGUUCGCACUCUCCUUCUCACUUCCUCCCUUCGCAUUAAUUCAACCUUCCCUUCUCACUCUGCUCAGUUAUUUUACUUCCCUUCUCCUUCGUAAUUGCAGUCCGCACUCCGAUAAUGAAUUCAGAAACAACGUUAAAUGGACCUGUUUCAAACUCUCCUUGAAUAAUCCACCAAGGGAAUUUUGAUCUCGAAGGGAAACACAAAAUGGGAAAGAGCAUUUGGGAAUUGGGUAUUGAAGAUUUAGUGAGAACAGGCUUAAACCUCCAUGAAGCUGUGGAAUUCAACAGGAUUCUAAAGAAUGUACUGUCCACCACCCAAAGAUCAAAGCCUACUGAGGUUUGGCGGGAGCUCAUGGCUCGAAGAGCCUUGAAACCCACACACCCAUUUGAGUUGCAUCGGCUUCUCUAUUACUCUGUCUAUGCUAAUUGGAAUAUCUCUACCAGUGGACCUCCUCCAUAUUGGUUUCCUUCUCUUGAUCAAUCUAAACUGACAAAUUUGGGAAAGAUCAUGGAGUUGCAAGGUCCAAAGCUGUUGGGAGCUUCAUAUAAAGAUCCUAUAUCAAGUUUCAGCUUAUUUCAGAAAUUCUCCAUUCAGAAUCCUGAGAUUUACUGGUCAAUUGUUCUUCAAGAGCUUUCUGUUACUUUUCAAAAAGCACCGAGGUGUAUUUUAGAUAGGACUGAGAAGCCAAAUGGAAGAUGGCUCCCUGACUCCAUGUUGAAUAUUGCCGAGUGUUGUUUGCGUUCUUCAAGUCGCCUAUUGAGAGAUGAUAAUUCUUUGGCAAUUGUGUGGAGAGAUGAAGGCUGUGAUAAUUCAAACGUGAACCAUAUGACACUCAAACAACUUCGAGAGAAAGUAACGUUGGUGGCAAAUGCGCUUGAUGCAACAUUUUCAAAGGGCGAUGCUGUUGCUAUUGACAUGCCAUUGACAGUCGAUGCAGUUGUUAUAUAUUUAGCUAUUGUUCUAGCAGGGCUUGUUGUUGUAUCUAUUGCUGACAGCUUUGCUGCUAAUGAAGUUGCGGUUCGUCUGCUUAUAUCAAAAGCAAAGGGAAUCUUUACUCAGGAUUUCAUAUUGAGAGGAGGCAAGAAGUAUCCGUUGUACAGUCGGGUUAUAGAAGGGGGGUCGUGUAAGGCUAUAGUGAUUCCUGUAACUGGAAACAGGCUGGAAGUGGAUUUGCGAGAACAAGAUCUAUCAUGGGAAGAAUUUCUUUCAACUGCAAAGGAAUUUCCAAGAUCAAAUUGUUACUCUCCAAUGUAUCAUUCAAUAGAUGCCGUGACUAACAUUCUCUUUUCAUCUGGGACCACGGGAAAGCCGAAAGCAAUCCCAUGGACACAACUUUCACCUAUCCGCUGCGCUGCUGAUUCCUGGGCUCACAUGGAUGUUCAGGCUGGCGAUGUUUUCUGUUGGCCCACAAAUUUAGGAUGGGCGAUGGGGCCAGUUUCAGUGUACUCAUCCUUGUUAGUUGGUGCAACUCUUGCUCUCUAUCAUGGAUCUCCUCUUGGCCAUGGAUUUGGAAAGUUCGUUCAGGAUGCAGGAGUGACUAUAUUGGGAACAAUUCCAAGCUUGGUAAAAACUUGGAAGGAUACAAGGUGCAUGGAAGGCUUAAAUUGGACAAAGAUAAGGUACUUUGCCUCCACCGGCGAAACGUCAAAUGUCGAUGAUGAUCUCUGGCUUUCCUCGAGGUCAUAUUACAAACCUUUGUUCGAAUGUUGUGGUGGCACAGAACUUGGUUCAAGCUUCAUUGUCGGUAGUCCAGUACAACCACAGGCUUUUGGGGCUUUUAGCACAGCAUCUAUGACCACAGGGUUUGUCAUCCUUGAUGAACAUGGAAUACCUUUUCCAGAAGAUCAGCCUUGCAUUGGUGAAAUAGGGUUAUUCCCUAUAUAUCUCGGAGCUAGCAACGAAUUGCUAAACGCUGAUCAUGAUGAAGUUUACUUCAAGGGAAUGCCAAUAUACAAUGGAAUGCAACUGAGGAGACAUGGAGACAUCAUCAGAAGAACUGUUGGAGGCUACUUAAUUGUUCAAGGUAGGGCUGAUGACACCAUGAACCUUGGCGGCAUCAAGACAAGUUCGGUUGAAAUUGAACGGAUAUGCGACCAUGUCGAUGAGAGUAUAUUGGAAACAGCUGCAGUAAGUUUAUCACCUAUAGAAGGAGGUCCAGAACAACUAGUCAUUUUGGUGGUGCUAAAAAAACAAUAUGUAAAGUCCUCACAAGAGCUGAAAGACAAAUUCUCAAAAGCAAUUCAGAGAAAUCUUAACCCUUUAUUCAAGGUUGGGUUUGUGAAAAUUGUACCAAGCUUUCCACGAACUGCUUCUAACAAGUUACUGAGAAGAGUUUUGAGGAAACAGAUGAAGGAUGAACUUGCCCUUCGAAGUCAACUUUAGAGGCCAAGACGUAUUCUCUGUAAAUCGUUGAAAUAAGAUAGUUUAGUCAUUUAAUAUAGCUGUUUAAUUUGAAGAAAAUAAACUUAAUUUAUGGCCUUUCAAUAAUUUAAAGUUGCUUGUGUCUCGAAA